AUGGCUACAGACUUCAACCUGAUCUCGUUCGGCAACUUCAAAGCGACAGGUGGUGGCUCCAGCAUCAGAGGCCGUCUGGCAGUCCAACACAAUGUGUCGAUCUCCGGGACCUUCAGCAUCGGCGGUGCGCGCAACGUGCGCCAGCAGCGCUACUCGGUGGUGAUAGGCGGAGAGUCGGUGACGUGGCGCUCGGGCAGCGUGAGCGGCGGCGGCUUGCUGGUAACCUCUACCAACGAGGGAGCCAUGCAGCUGGACUUGGGCAAGUCCCUCCAACGACAGACCGUGGGCGGCUGCGACGUUGCCUCCAACUGCUUGAUUUCGUUCUUCGACGAUGCCUUCUCCUACUUUGACGGCUUCACCAGCGACAUGGCCAGCGACGCCCAGGCCACCGGCGCCGGCUCAGUGACCCUGCUGCACGGCGGGCUCCACUUCACCGGUCCUCGCUGGGCGCAAGGCACCAGACGUCUGGUGUUCAGCGUGCCCUUGGAGCAGUGGAACUCGGCGCACUACUUCACCAAGGCCUACGUCGCGGAAGACCAGGAGUUGGUGGUGGUGAUCGACCAGGACGGUAGCGCCCAGUCCCUCAGGACCAAGAUGCCCGCCGACGGAUUCCCUCAUCUUAGCAACAAGCUAGUGGUCGCGUUGGCCGGCCAAGGGCCGAAGGUGGAGGUCGAAGGUCCCGUCCCGUUCGGCGGUUCGCUGCUGGCCCCCCAGCGUGACGUCCACCUACUCCAGGGCAGCUCAGUCAGAGGAGUACUCGUGGCGGCCGACCUCCACCAGUACAAAUCAAGCCGGGUCCUCCACCAGGAGUGCUCACCGGGCUGCAUCGCCACGCCCUGGCGCGUCCCAAACAAUGCCACCGAGACUACGCUCUACGUGUUCGCCGGCGACGACGCGCGGCUACGCCCCGACUUCCUGGCCGUCAUCGAGUUCGAUGAGCUCUCCCGUGACUACGGCAAGGUAGUGCUCACGGUCCCUCUGCCACCGCCCGGGAACAUCGGAAACGAGCCGCACCACUGCGGCCUGGUCACGGAGAACCGCAACAUCCUGGCGUGUGGCGGUCUGCUGAGCCUGCUGAGCGACCAGGACGGCAUCUUCUUCUUCGAUGUUUCCGAGCCGCGUCGCCCUCGAUUCCUAUCCUCAACCCGCGCCAGACAUUCAAGCAUAACUGACGACUUCCUGCCGCUGCCCAGCGGUGGAUUUCUGGUCACCCAGAUGGGCUCGGCCACCGGCGGAGCACCGGGCCGCCUUGCCGAGUUCGACCGUUGCCUUCGAUUGGUCGCUGAGCACCCUCGCAAGCCGUUGCCUGCGGAUGACCCCGGCUUCAACCCUCACGGCGUCUCGGCCCACUUCGACCUCAACAUGCUGGUCACCUCCGACUACGUCAACCCUGUGAGUACUCUCAAUGCCUACGCGGGCGGCGUCGAGCUGCGCGGGACCAUCAGGUUUUGGGACCUCGAGCGGCGGGAGAUCAGCAGCACGGUCGUCAUGCCUGGCCCGCCCAUGGGCAUCAUGGACAUCAAGUUCAUUCCACACGACCCGCAUGGCAUCGCCGUCGCGGGCGCCAUGUUCUCCGGAGUCUACUACACGGUCGACCCCACCACCGGCAGCGUGACCGAGGCGUACAACUGUCGACAGAUCGUGCCCCAGUUGGGCGAGCCCAGCCAGUGCAUGGUCCACCUCCUGACCCCGAUGAACAGCGGUGACAGACUCCUGGCGUCGUCGUCCUACGGUCAAGUGCUGCUGCUGGACAUCUCCAACCGCGCUAGGUUCCACCAGUUGUCCGUGGUCAACCUCGGUGUCACUGCUGGGCCACACGUGCUGGCGCUCACCCAGAGGCAUUGA